GAAUGAGACAGGGACUGCUGGCAUUUCACCCAGUGGACCAAAAUGAAGUCUCCUUUGGACUCAAGCAUUAAAAUUCUCACUUCAUUUUCAAGUGUGCCUCCUUUGAACAUAUUUGUGCAAGGAAUAAGAGAAAAACAGUCACAAAAAUACCCCAAAGAGCAGAUUUAUCAACGAUGCUGGUUAGUAUUCAAGAAAGCUUCCAGCAAAGGUCCAAAAAGACUGGAGAAAUUUUCUGAUGAACGUGCUGCGUAUUUUCGGUGUUAUCAUAAGGUUACAGAACUCAACAAUGUGAAGAACGUAGCGCGACUGCCGAAGAGCACCAAGAAGCAUGCCGUAGGGAUUUACUUCAACGAUGAUACCGCCAAGACCUUUGCUUGCGAAUCAGAUCUUGAGGCUGACGAAUGGUGCAAAGUACUCCAGAUGGAGUGUGUAGGGACGCGGAUCAAUGACAUCAGCCUCGGAGAGCCUGACUUACUGGCUACUGGGGUUGAGAGAGAACAGAGUGAGAGAUUCAAUGUGUAUUUGAUGCCAUCUCCUAACUUAGAUGUACAUGGCGAAUGUGCCUUGCAGAUUACAUACGAGCACAUCUGUCUUUGGGACGUGCAGAAUCCCAGAGUCAAACUCCUGUCUUGGCCGCUAAGCGCCCUGCGGCGGUACGGACGAGACGUUGCUUGGUUCACUUUUGAGGCAGGAAGGAUGUGUGAGACUGGUGAAGGGCUGUUUAUCUUCCAAACACGAGAUGGGGAGGCCAUCUACCAGAAAGUCCACUCUGCUGCCUUGGCCAUAGCUGAGCAGCAUGAGCGCUUACUACAGAGCGUGAAAAAUUCAAUGCUGCAGCUGAAGAUGAGCGAGCGAGCGGCCUCGCUGAGCACCGUGGCGCCCCUGCCCCGCAGCGCCUACUGGCAGCACAUCACCCGGCAGCACAGCACUGGGCAGCUCUACGGCCUGCAGGAUGUCUCCAGCCCUCUGAAGCUCCAUCGAACAGAGACUUUUCCCGCCUACCGACCUGAGCACUGACAGUAACUUGCAAGAAUUGUUGUGUGACUGGCUUGUGCUGCGUCAGCCACAGAUGCGUCCAGGAGGUCACAGGAUGACGGCGUGGGAAGCCACGGAGAAAAGAAUCUUAACGUGCUGGCUAUGUGUGGUCAUUGGGAAAUUCUGCAAUACAAUGUUUCUUUUCUUUUUUCUUCCUUUUUUUAAGAAAUCUUCGCGUGAUUGAAACAUGCUCUGUAGAUUCCAACUUUCUGUUCCCUCUUUUACAGUUGGGCAGAAAGGACUCAAUGCCCCAAAAUGAUUUUCUAUUGUAGAUACCAUGUCCCUUGCCCUUCUCCAAAUCGACCCUUUUGUGGAUUUUUGUGAUUUUUGCCUUCUGAGUGUUUCAAUGGUAUGAUGGUCAGUACUGACAAUAAAACGACUCUUAAUUAUUUGUUACUUGUUUAUACUGUAUUCCUCAGUUACUAAUAAUAAGGUUCUGGUUAAUUAUCAAAAUCGUAUUUUAUCAUAUUAUCAAUGAGUUAAAUCAGUGCUUUGUCUCACUCUAGUUAAGAAAUAACAACCGAAGGACCCUUUACUAUUCUUUAUGGGGUCACAGUUUCUCUCUCACCUGAUCGCCCCUCCCUUUUUUUAAUGCUUUUAUUUUGUUUGGAGUACCUUCAUAAAACAUUUUAAAAUAAAAGAUCAUUCUUCACGCA